UGGGUGUUCAAGCUUGGGGUGUUGACAAUUCAAUAGCAGUUGACAUGUCUGCUGGAAUCGACGAAAGGGCAUUCGUCCAUGAAUGGCAAGGAGCUCAAGCGCAAGCUGGAGCGGGACACAGGGAUCAAUGUCGCCCACCGGACUGCAAACCGGAUGAAGAUGACAGCAAGGGACGGCGACAAAGCGACGACGGCGGCUGGGUACCAGCUGCUGGGUUCUUUCUGCGACCUGCUUCAACAGCAGUGCCCUGGUUCGGUCGCGGAAACCCAGAAACACCCAGACGACACCUUCAAGCGAUGUUUCAUCGUGCUCGGACGUGCGGCGCACGUGGUCGCGCAAAGUCCGUUGAAGGUGGGCUAG